AAUAGGUAAAUAGAAACGACUGAAUGAUGAUACACACUCUUGUGCAGUAGGUGGCGGUAUGCACCUUAAGUUGUUUGCGACCCGCCAUUUAAAAAGAGAGAAGAAGAAGAAGUCAAGAUGGGGACUCGUUUGAAGGUUCUAGGUGUGUUUAAAUCGCUGCACAGAACAAGGAUGGCUGUGUUCAAAGAAGAUGACAGAGCGCUGACAGCUGCGAGAUUAAAGAUCAACGAGGAGUUCAAGAAAAACAAAAACGAAACGUCAGAAGAGAACAUCCAGAAGAUGAUCAAAAUGGGUACAGAUGUGGAAAUUGUUCUUCGAGAAACAGUCCUGCAAAUGGAACACGUAGGAGAAAGCAGGCUCUUGCUUCGGCCCAGAGAAAGCCAUAUGCUAGAAAACGUCCCUUAUUGUGAUGAACCCAGGAAAAAGUCAUGACGCAUCUGAUUACAUCUUGUACAUCAGUAAAGAGACUCACUAUCAUCCAUUCACAGUCAUGUGCAAGGAUUUAUCAAAACAGCAUUUCAAAUUGUUCAGCAUCUUCCUGUAAACGGUGAUCUUCAUGUCCAGCGCUAACUUGACAUCCAGCAGUUUCUCAUAGUCCUCCUGCUGACUGUACAUCUGGCUUCUCAUGUUCAGCUGCUCCUUCUGACUGAGUUUCUGCAGCUAAACCUCCCACUCCAUGUCCAGAAUUCUCUUCAGCUCCUCGAAGGAAAAAUGUCAGCUUUGUUUAAGUGAAGAUCUCCUUUUAUUCUGCUGUAAACCGGAUGCAACAAUUUCAUGCACUGUGUUUCAUCAAAUGUAAUUUAAUGUUUUUGUGCAGCUUGUGAUUCAACCAAAUUGGAGUGAAACAUUAUUUUUGCCAAUUCUGGAAAAGGAAUAGGUGUUCUCUGAUUAAUGAGGAGUGUUCUCAGAACAUUCACAUUUCAUUUGUUGUUGAAAAACAUCUACUAUAUUGUCACCUAAUGCUCGGUCUCCUCCUAAAAGGUGUAACAACAUGGAUGCAGUCAAGAAUAUUUAUCACAUUUUAAUGGACUGAUUGUUUGUAUUUGCCUCUGAAUGUGAAAUGUGUCAGUAAUAAAAUUGUGACUCCUUACAGAA